UCAACAUUCUACAAGAAAACGAGUUACAAACACGAGUACCGGACAACGAGGUGUGAAGAAAUGUCUAUGCAAGAUGCUGAUCCAAGUCACUUUUUAGGAACCAAUGAUUCAGGCACCAAUCAAAGCAUCUGCAAAAUACAACCUGAAGAAAGCCAUGCAGCCAUUUUGCCCUGGCUCUAUCUCUCUUUGGCUCUCCUGGGCAUUCCAGCCAAUGGAUGGGUGUUGGUGAAUCUCUGGAGAUCAGAGAGGACGCCCACUGUCAUCUUCACUCUCAACAUAAUCUUCUCGGACCUGCUGAUGUGCUGCAGUUUUUUCUUCAGAACAGUUUACCACAGGAAGAACAUUGAGUGGCUAUCCGGAACUCCAGUCUGCAAUGCAGUAGAGCUGAUUAUUUACUCUUGCUUCUACAUUAACCUCUAUUGCAACAUGUGCUUUCUUUUAUGGACCAGCAUCAACCGUUAUACCACGGUGGUAAAACCAAGCCACUCAUUGUUUCAGGUGUUCAAACACACACGGUCUAGUUGGAUCCUUUGCUUUUCUACCUGGCUGGUGAUCUUCAUAGUCGUUGGCACGUGCAUGGGCCUUAAACUGAGCUUACAAAUCAACGGAAGUUGCUUUGACCAAGUUGUCAACAGUUAUACUCUCUAUCAAAAUAAAUUCCAAACUAUCCACUGCUUAGGUGUGUCAACGUUCUUCUUCAUUUUGUGUUUGAUGUUGGUCAGCUACAGCCGGUUGAUCUUCCAUCUGCAGAGGGUGAGGGGAGGAAGUUUAGUCAGUGCUGGAUUUGGGCCAGGAGGAGGUCUAAAGGUUCGCAGGAAGAUCUUGACUUCAGUCAUAAUGUUUGUACUCUGCUUCCUGCCCUAUCACGUGCAAAGGAUCAUCUUAAUAACAUCGCAGCAUGAAAACUGUCAGGAAAAGUUCAGGAUAAAAAUGGGCACCAUCUUCAUUGCAGCUCUCAGCUGUUGUCUGCAUCCCCUCCUCCAGCUGGUCUUUCGUUUGCGCUGCUGUCGGGUCAAUCGCAACACCAGGCACAAACCCAAACCUGAAAUCUCUAAGAGCUUGGACACACAUCAGAUGCAAACUGUACAGGUAUCGGAAGACAAGAAAAAUGGAAAUGAAUUAAACCACCAACCAAAACAGUCUUGAGGAAUUAAAGAGGAAAAAAAAAAGUUUGCAACGAUCAGGUUUCCUGCUAAAAACUAUCUGCAAGCUGUGAAACCAGCUAACCUCUGGAUUAGAAAUGUGCUGUGACAAUCAGCAGUAUUGGACAAAAGCAGAAUUUGUGGCCAAGAUAUAUUGUAUGCUACCUUGCUUUUUCAAAACUGGCAUCUUGUAGUACUUGAGCAUACUACUACACUCUUUAGGCUGUAUACUACAACGGACCUUUUCUCCCCUAGUAGUGGAGUGAUGCAUUUGUUUUCAUGUGGAAGUAAUCCCGCUACUGUAUUAGUAAGGAUUUGUAUCAAUACGCUUGUAUCUUAUUAUAAAUGUACUAAUUAAUAGUACUACAUUUUGUUGUCAUGUGACGCACACACAUGCCCUCUAAAUACAAAUACUAUCAAUGUGAUUUCAGCCUUUUUUGAAUGGCCUUUACAAUGCAAUGUGUCUAUUUAGCCACAAGAGGUCAUGCGAAGAACCUUUUAAAGCUAUCUACUACAACAGUCCUUGUUAA